AUGGCCUACCAAAAUCCUGUUAUUCUCACUAACCGCCUUGACGAAGGCCCGGGGUACGGAUUGCAUGUCGUGGUUGUUGUAGUAACACUGCUGACGUUGAGGCUACUGCUUCCAACGUACUUCAGAUGGUAUUGCCCACCUGCCCAUAGAAAUCAUUAUCCUUCGCUGAAACGCUUUUGCGGCAAACCCUCAACCAGCCAGCAGUGUCCACCAGACUUACGACCAAAUGAAGGAAGCUCAUCCCAAAGUCAUGGCCUGUCUAGCUUGGAAUCACGCCUGGCUUCAGAUUCUCUGAUCACCAGCGCUGCUUCCGAGGGUUUGCCGGCAGGCAGGGUCCAUCAAGCGAUAUGUUGUCGCUCUCUUGAUGAAUCGUACAGGUUGACUGAUACAGGAGAGAGGAAAGGCGGGCAGGAGAUGGACCCAGCGUUUUCCAGCCAGGAUCUGCUAUGGGAGGAGGAAUAUUCACGCAAGGGUCAAAGCCAGAGAGACUUUGAAGAAGAUGAAGCACAUAGAUAUUGGACCUGGGAUCUAACGGCACAAACCUGGUGUCAUGUGGAACAGUCGACAGGCGCGGUUUCUUGGGUACCACAUCAGCUUGAUUAG